CGGCGUGCUCGCCGUCGACCCGGCCCGCCGCACCGCCCUGGUCGAGCCCAACGUGCCCAUGGACCGCCUCGUCGAGGCCACCCUGCCGCUCGGCCUGGUCCCGCCCGUCGUCAUGGAGUUCCCCGGCAUCACCGCCGGCGGCGGGUUCGCCGGCACCGCCGGCGAGAGCAGUAGCUUCCGCCACGGGUUCUUUGAUGACACGGUGCAGAGGGUGGAGAUGGUGCUUGCUGAUGGGGAGGUCGUUGAGGCCAGGCCUGGGGAUGGGGGCGCGGAUGCGGAGGGGGAGGGUGAGGGGAGGAGGGGGGAUCUGUUUCGGGGUGCCCGCCGGCGCGGUCGGGACGCUCGGGCUGACCACCCUGCUGGAGAUCAGGUUGAUGCAGGCGCGCAGGUUCGUCAAGACGAGGUAUCGGCGCACGGGCAGCGUGGCGGAGGCCGUGGAGGCCGUGCGCGAGGAGGUGCGCCGGCCCGGGGUGGAUUAUGUCGAUGGCAUCCUGUUCUCCAAGGACCACGGCGUCGUCGUCACGGGCGAGCUGACGGACGAGAUGCCCGAGGGCGCCAGGCCGCAGACGUUCAGCGGGCCGUGGGACCCCUGGUUCUACCUGCACGCGCGCGAGAAGACGGCGGCGGUGGCGGCCGGGACUGAUUCCGCCCCGGUGGACUACGUGCCGCUGGCCGAGUACCUGUUCCGGUACGACCGCGGCGGCUUCUGGGUCGGCGCGGCGGCGUUCGAGUACUUCAAGCUCGUGCCGUUCAACCGCUUCUUCCGCUGGUUCCUCGACGACUUCCUGCACACGCGCAUGAUGUACCGCGCGCUGCACGGCUCCGGCGAGAGCGCGCGCUUCGUCGUGCAGGACGUCGCCAUGCCGUUCGAGACGACCGAGCGCUUCGUCGACUACACGUCGUCCGAGCUCGGCAUCUGGCCGCUGUGGCUCUGCCCGCUCAAGCGGCGCGCCCCGCCGACCUUCCACCCCUUCACCACGCUGCCCGAGGGCGUCGAUCGGAAGGAGGACGACCUGAUGCUCAACGUCGGCGUCUGGGGCUGGGGCCCGUCCGACCCGGCCGAGUUCGUCAGGAAGAACCGCGAGCUCGAGCACAAGGUGCGCGAACUGGGCGGCAUGAAGUGGCUGUACGCCCACACCUACUACCCGCAGGACGAGUUCUGGCCCAUGUACGGCGGCCGCGGCUGGUACGACGCGCUACGGGCGAAGUACCACGCCGAGACGCUCCCGACGGUGUGGGAUAAAGUGCACGUCGAUGCGGCGGCUGCCGGCGGCAAGAAGCGGCACUGGCUCAAGAGGCGGUGGCCCAUCGGCGGCUUGUACGGCAUCUACAAGAGCAUCCAGAGCAAGGACUACAUGCUACAUCGGCAUGCAAAGUGGAAGUGGAAGGGCGAGUGAUAUCCGGCGGCGUUGGCGUCCUGGUAGCGUCUGGGCUAGACGGUGGGUAGAAGAUGAGGCGGUAUGUACCAACCCUGUACUCUAACUAGAACUUAGACAUAAAUAGACGAAUGCGAAUGUGGCGA